GCCGGAGCCGGAGCCGGAGCCGAGCCCGAGCCGAGCCGGGCGCCACCAUGCUGAGCCGGCUCGGGGCGCUGCUGCAGGAGGCCGUGGGCGCGUGGGAGCCCACCAUCGACCUUCUGGAGGCGUUUGUGGAGCACUGGAAGGGCAUCACGCACUAUUACAUCGAAAGCACAGAUGAAAGCACCCCGGCCAAGAAGACGGAUAUCCCCUGGCGGCUGAAGCAGAUGCUGGACAUCCUGGUGCACGAGGAGAGGCAGCAGGCGGCGGGCGAGGCCGGGCCCUGCCUCGAGUACCUGCUGCAGCACAAGAUCCUGGAGACCCUGUGCACGCUGGGCAAGGCCGAGUACCCCCCCGGCAUGCGGCAGCAGGUGUUCCAGUUCUUCAGCAAGGUUCUGGCCCAGGUCCAGCACCCUCUCCUGCAUUACCUCAACGUCCACAGGCCUGUGCAGAACCUUCUCCGGCUUGGGGGAGCUCCCGGAUCCCUCACAGAAAAGGAGGAGGUGCAGUUCACCACCGUCCUCUGCUCCAAGAUCCAGCAGGAUCCAGCCCUGCUCACCUACAUCCUGGAAGGUAAAAAAACUGUCGCUCAGAAGAAAGCAUCCAAAGAGUCCACCGCCCUGCCUAGAGAGACGGCCAGUAUCGAGGACAAGGACCACCCCCACAGCAAGGCUCCUGACGGGGGUCCCUGUGGGGCCGGGGCCUUGACCGCCCAGCUGCCUGUUGAGACCCAGGAGCCCGAUGAGGGGAUAGGGGAGAGCAACCUAAUCACCUCCCUGGUUGGCUUGUGCAAGAGCAAGAGAGGCCGUGUGGCUCUGAAGGCCCAGGAGAAUCUGCUGCUGCUCGUUAGCGUGGCCCCCCAGGCAGCCGCCACCUACCUGGUGCAGAGCAGCCCCUGUUGCCCUGCGGUUGUGAAGCACCUUUGCCAGCUGUACCAGUCCUUGCCCGCCUUUCUGGACCCCGCAGACAUUGCUGCUUUAGAGGGCAUCGCCUGGAGGUUACCCAGUGCCCCGUCCGAUGAGGGUAACUUCCCAGGCAAAGAGGCCCUGGCUGCCUUUCUGGGCUGGUUUGAUUACUGUGACCACCUCAUCAUGGAGGCGCACACGGUGGUGGCGGAUGCCUUGGCAAAGGCUGUGGCUGAGAAGUUGUUCAUGGAGAUUCUGCAGCCGCAGCUCCUUCACGUAUCUGAGCAGAGCGUCCUGACCUCCACGGCCCUGCUGACGGCCCUGCUGCGUCAGCUCCGCUCCCCUGCGCUGCUCGGAGAGGCCGUGGCCUUCCUCCUGGGCUCGGAGCAGCGGCCGGCAGCCCCCGAGGACGGCCCCUGCACCCUGUGCGCUCACCUCAUCAGGCACUGCGACCACCUCUCUGAUGAGAUUAGCAUUGCCACGCUGCGGCUGUUUGAGGAGCUGCUCCAGAAGCCCCACGAGCGGAUCAUCCGCGGCCUGGUCCUGUGCCACCUCGAGGGCCGCCUGUACGCGGCCCGGGGUUCCCAGGAGCCCGAGAGCUACGAAGACAAUCUAGACCUCGAGGAGGACCCCUACUUCACAGACGGCCUCCUCGACGCCGGCUUCCAGCCCUCUGCCAAGCCCCAUCCAGCCCCCGCCACCAACUCGGAUGGCAAAACGGCGGUAACUGAGAUCGUCAACAGCUUCCUCUGCCUGGUUCCUGAGGAAGCCAAGACCUCCGCCUUCCUGGAGGAGACCGGAUAUGACACUUACGUCCACGAUGCUUACACACUGUUCCAGGAGUGCAGCUCCCGCGUCAGUCCCUGGGGCUGGCCCCUGGCUCUCACACCGCUGGACCCCCACGAGCCGGAGCGGCCUUUCUUUGAGGGGCACUUCCUCCGAAUGCUGUUUGACCGCAUGUCCCGGAUUUUGGAACAGCCAUACAGCCUGAACCUGCAAGUGACCUCAGUCCUGUCCCGGCUCGCCCUCUUCCCCCACCCGCUCAUCCAUGAGUACCUCCUGGACCCCUACAUCAGCCUGGCCCCCGGCUGCAGGAGUCUGUUCUCUGUGCUCGUCCGGGUGAUUGGGGACUUGAUGCAGAGAAUUCAGAGGGUACCCCAGUUCCCAGGCAAACUGCUCCUGGUGCGCAAGCAGCUGAUGGGUCAUAUUCCUGGGGAGCAGCUGGACCACCAGACCCUCCUCCAGGGCGUGGUGGUACUGGAGGAAUUCUGCAAGGAACUGGCUGCCAUUGCUUUCGUCAAGUUCCCCCCACAGGGUCCUCACCUGCACCUCCCCCCACCCCCGGAAGGGCACGUCUGAGCCAGGAGCAUGACGGGAGGGGAGGCUCCUAUUCUCACCUCUGCCCGGAGCUGCCUCCCCUCCCGCCUGGCACAGCCGCCGCCACCCUUCUCCCGGCGCAGGGGCUUGGCUCUGUCUCCUCUGGAUCCAGGGGCCUCUGCCUCUGUGGAGGCCUGGGCUUCGGCUCCCAGGUCACCUCAAGGAGACCUUGCCUUGUUGGCUACACCAGGCUGGGCUUCAGGAAGUGGGUCUCCAAGGUCCCAGAGCCCAGGAACAAAAGAGGUGGCCUCCCGGGGAGCUGGGUGACGGCCAGGUGAGCGUCGGAACCCAGACCCUCCUGUGUUCUGUGCCUGUCACCUGCCUCUACAGGCCAUUUGUGGCCGAGGCCAAGACCUGUGAUUCAAUCCCGUGGGCACAAGGGGUGUGAGCUGACGGCUGCGAGGGCUGGUCAGGACUGUAGGUCAGACAGAUGAGGGCAAGGGAGCCCAGACUCUGUCACACUAGGUACCAUAGGUUCUGCUAAGACUUGACAUUUUUUCUCUCCUGCCUUCUUGACUUAACCCUUGCGGAAGGGGCAGUGGAUGGCAGGGGUAGCCCACUCUUCUUGCCUGGCCCUCCUGGAGACUGUUGCAAAAUCCCCAACCGCCUCAUGGCAAAUGGCCAAAGCAUGCUCCGCGCCCAGGCGGGGGCAGCUGCUAAUGAGAACCUUGAUGCAACUCCACCAGGGCGGGAGAGGGCCUGGGGAGCCGGGGGCUGGUGCCAGGCUCCAGCUCCAGCUGGUUUCUCUGGCGCCUUCUGAACCCGUCUCAGCAGGUCCACAGCACCUGGGCAGAGGGGCUGGAGACUGGGGGAGGCCGGGCCCAGCCCACAGUGUUCUCGACGGAAUGCCCUUCCAGGGGAGCGAGGGAGCUCAGGGUACAGAUGAGGCCAGGAUGCCCACCUGACUGCAGGCCCCAAGGCCUGGCAGGGAGGGGCUGGGGCACAGGCUGCAGGCCUGGUGUUCUCCCUGCAUGCCCUCUGAGGCUGGGGCUGCCACCCCACCCGGCCCGAAUCUGUCUCGACCUGCAGGAACACACAGGCGGCGCCAGGCAUUACCUCACAGCAGGACUGCAGUUGCUGGCUUUGCUCCUGGGCAAGGAGGAGCAGGCCAGAGCCCCUUUUGCUUCCUUUUCCUGCCCAUGCCGCUUCUGGAAGCCAGCUGCGGGUUGCCAAGAGGUGACAUGAAAGAGGAGGAAACUCAGUGACCUCUACCUCUCCCACAUUCCUCCAAGCUGGGAGGACUGACCUGCUGUGCUGAAGGACACCGGGCGUGUGCAUGCACGCGUUGUGCACACGUGGGUGUGGGUGUGGGAUGGGAGCAAGCUCGGUGGGCAGACUGGGUCUGGACUCUUUCUGAACAUGUCCAAGCGUCCAGGAGUCACAAACACGCCCCUCCUCGAUGCACUUUGGCAUUCUCAUGGUGUACCCCCCAGACACCACGGCAAUAAAUGGUGUGGUUGCGUGGA